AUGGGCCCUGAUGCAUUUCUUCAAUUGUGUGAGAAAUUAAGAGCAACACGUCAAGUGAGGGAUACAAAACAUGUUACAGUAGAGGAGCAAGUUGCUAGGUUCUUGUAUAUAGUAGCUCAUAAUGUGAAAACUAGAACCAUAUCUUUUUUCUACCACCGGUCUGGAGAAACUGUUAGCCGCCACUUCCAUGCUGUGUUACGGGACUGUAUUGGAGCUAUAGAUGGAACACAUUUUCGUGUCAAAGUACCCAUAGCGGAUCAACCUAAAUUUCGAGGGAGAAAAGACUGGCCGACACAGAAUGUAUUAGCUGCAUGUGAUUUUGAUAUGAAGUUCACUUAUGUAUUAACGGGUUGGGAAGGAACAGCAUCUAACUCAAAAGUUCUUAAGAAUGCAUUAUCGAGGGAUGAUAAUCUUAAACUUCCUCGAGGAAAAUUUUACCUUGGGGAUGCUGGAUUUAUGCUGAAGCAUGGAUUAAUUACCCCAUAUCGAAGUGUAAAGUAUCACCUAAAAGAGUAUGCAAGACGUGGUCCAGAAAAUGAAAAAGAAUUAUUUAAUCUUCGUCAUGCUUCAUUGAGAAAUGUUAUCGAAAAGUCAUUUGGAGUUUUAAAGAAAAGAUUUGCAAUAAUCACAAGUGGCACUGAACCACAUUAUGACUUUGAGACUAUAACUGAAAUUGUGCUAGCUUGUUGCAUAUUACAUAACUUUUUAAUGGGUGUAGAUCCUGAUCCACAUCUCAUAGCUCAAGUUGACCGAGAACUUCAAGAGAAUAAUCCAAAAGAGGAUGAAGUCGUUCGACAUGAACAAGAUGAAGACUAUAGGCGGGGGGCCAUAUUAAGGGAUGAAAUAGCUGCUCAAAUGUGGGCUGACUAUCAACUAGGACUCUGA